CACCGACCUGCAAAAAUCCAUCUUCCUCUGAAGGCAGUGUGAUUUGUAAAUAGUGGCAAUCCACCGAUUCGUAGUUUGAAGGUGCUCUAAUGGUCAUCAUGGAAGACUCAGAUAAACCAAACGAUCGAGUGUUACCCAAGUUACCGAUCCCACCCUUGGAAGAUACUUGUGCUCGGUAUAUCAAAGUCUUGGAACCGCUUCAGACACCAAAGGAGCACCAAGAAACCGUAUCGGUCGUCCAACGUUUCCUAAAGAACGAGGGGCCAUUGCUCCAUGAACGUUUACAAGAAUACGCUUCGACACGAGCUAGUUACAUCGAAGAGUUUUGGUACGAAAGUUACCUUCAACACAGCGAUUCAGUCGUCCUGAGUCUCAAUCCAUUCUUCAUACUCGAGGAUGAUCCAACACCGUCUCGCGGAAACCAAUUAACCCGUGCCGCCUCUCUGAUAUUGGCAUCGGUGGGGUUUAUUCACGAUUUGCGAACCGGUCAACUUGAGCCUGAUCAUGUGCGAGGAAAACCCUUAGACAUGCAUCAAUACAUGAAACUGUUUGGCUCCGCAAGAAUCCCAACUCGUGAGGGCUGUCGAAUGAAAACGUUCGGAGACAGCAAACAUGUCGUAGUUAUGCGCAGAGGUCAAUUCUACUCAUUUGACGUUAUGGACUCAGAACAUCGCCCAGUCUUAUCGGAACGUGAACUAUGGAGCAACUUAUGUACAAUCAUCCAAGAUGCUGACAAGUUGCCGAUUAGCAAAGUGGCCCAAAGUUCGAUCGGCCUAUUGACAACGGAGCGACGGCCGACAUGGGCCGGACUUCGUCAAGAAAUGAUCGAUGAUCCCAACAGUUCCAACAAGGAAUGUCUGAAGGCGAUUGACAGUGCACUUUUCAUAGUCUGUCUCGAUGGCUCGAGCCCCCGGACGGCCGAUGCGAUAUGUGCCACGAUGCUCUGUGGGACUUAUGAGCUGGGCCGGCGAGGGGUUCAGGUCGGAACGUGUCUGAACCGGUGGUACGACAAAUUGCAAAUCAUCGUCUGUGCCGAUGGCCAGGCCGGCGUCAACUUCGAACACUCUGCCGUCGAUGGUCACACCGUAUUGCGAUUCGUGGGCGAUGUAUACACCGAACUGAUCCUCCGUUUCGCUAAAUCAAUCAAUAGCAACAGUCGGACAUUGUUCAAGGCUCUGCCAUCCCCUUGGGCCAAACCCGCCGGUAUGAAAAACUUGCCAAAUUCAUCCGAUCAAGCUGAUUUGCCUCGAGAGGAUAUCAAUAAAACUCCUAAGAAACUCGAGUGGCAGUUGUCCAAUGCCCUCAAGGCUUCUAUCCGUUUCGCUGAGACGAGGUUGUCUGACUUGAUUUGCCAAAACGAAGUGUUGGCGCUUGAGUUCGAAGAGUACGGCAAAAAUUUCAUCAUCUCUCAAAACCUCUCUCCAGACGCGUUUGUACAAAUGGCCUUUCAGGUAUGCUACUUCUCGCUUUACGGACGAAUAGAGUCGACCUAUGAGCCCGCGAUGACCAAGGCGUUCUCGCAUGGUCGGACCGAAGGGAUCAGAAGCGUAUCAAACUCUUCGAUCAAAUUCAUCAAGAACUUUUGCUCGGACGUUGAUAACCAAGCCAAGAUUUCCGCACUGCGAGAAGCUUGUGAGUAUCACCAAAACUUAAGCAAACAAUGCUCACAAGGGUUAGGACAGGAUCGAAUACUAUAUGCCAUGUACAGUCUCGCCAAACAAGAAUUGUUUCAAGACUCUUCUGCUUCUUCUAGCAGUUCCAGCAAUGAUGAACUAGAUGAUCCUCACCCGAAGAAAACACCCAAAAAACUUCCUAAAAUCUUUCGCGACAGUGGAUAUGGCUUACUCAAUCACUCCACCCUGAGCACCUCAAACUGUGGAAACCCAGCGCUGAGAUUAUUCGGAUUCGGGCCGGUGGUCUCGGAUGGAUAUGGGAUCGGAUACAUCAUCAGGGAGGAUGGACUGUCCUUUGUGAUUUCCUCGAAACAUCUUCAAACCCGACGGUUCCUAGAAAGCUUGCGAGCUUACUUCUUGGAGAUCCGAAAGAUCUUACUCUCGGAAGCCAAUUCUGCUGAUCCAAACCCGUAUCCGGGCUUCCCACUCUCGAUCACUAAACGAAGCCCUCAUCGUCAUCACCCGCAAGAUUCUACUCGGAAAUCAAGCGCCAAUCAUCGUCAUCCCCCGAAGCCUCUCGACGGAUCCCAGUGGAAUGCCAUCUGGAAUGAUAAGUUGGUCCAGGUUGAUCAUUCGCCCCACCUUAAGGAUCAAUCGCCCGAAUCAGAUCAUCCUCUUCCUCCUGAGAAAGAUGAGCCCCAAAACACCGAGGAGCUUCUGACUUCUGGCUAUGGUUUCUUUGAUUCGGGUGAGAUUGAUAAGAUCAUUUCUUCGAAUGCCGAAAACGUCCGCAACGACCAUUCGAAAAAGAAAUUCAAACCUCCAAUAGGGACCAAAUUGGAGGCUGGUGAUGACUGAUUUCUUGUCACAUUUGCCAUUCAUAAAUGCAAGCCAAACUGAGUAAGUGGAGGCUUGAAGGGCUAACCAAUACAUGUUUGUGCCAGUAGCUGUUGUAAACUUGUUUUGUAUCUUUCCUCUUUGCUUUAGAAUGUACUUUUGACGCGUGAAUUUAUUGUAUGAUUAGACUUACUAUGGCUGUAUUACUGCAAAGCUCUAUGUCUGUGAUACUUGGGCAUCCAUUUUCACUUACAUUUCAAGCAUCAUUUUUCUCUUUCAUAUGUUUUAUUAGCUGAGAAGCCUUUGUUUUCCAUUUUAUUUGUUUAUUAACAUUUUUAACCAAUCGUUACUGUUCUGCAUCUUCCUCAAUAGAUAAACUUUUGUGCACCUAUUGACAACAUCAAUCCGAUCCAACAUCCUCACCUGAAUAACCUUAUCUUGUUCUUG